UCAGCGUGGAGCUGGGCCGAACGCGUGCGUCUGGACUGCUGCAGCAUCGCAGACCUCACACACUCUGCAGAGUGGAAUAAGCUCGACUGCAGAGCUGCCAGCACCAAGACUCGUUUUAGUGACAGUGAACAGUGCAAACAGGGACCAUACAGUCCGCUAAACUUGCGCUUCUUUCAUAGAGAGGUGUUCGACGCGUCGGAUGCUGAAAGGCUCAUGAACUGCGCAUCUCUCGUCCAAGCAUCUCCUACGUCGCCUGGCUAUUUCGAAGUCUGCUUGCAGAUCAUCGUCUACCAGCACUUUUGCAAGCAACGCUCGGACACGACGAAGAAAGCGAGCUUGGUCAAGCAGUUGAGCUACUUUUCUAAACGUAGUGCAGCGCACAAUGGCUGAGCCUGGCGCAGAAUGCAACAUCAAGGUGCUGUGCCGGUUUCGUCCCUUGAAUCAGUCCGAAAUUCUUCGCGGAGACAGAUUCCUCCCUGUUUUCCAGGGAGAUGACACUGUCAUCCUCGGGGGCAAGUCCUUUGUGUUUGACCGAGUCUUUCCAACCAACACCACACAAGAGCAGGUCUACAACAGCUGUGCCAAACAGAUUGUCAGAGAUGUGCUGGAUGGAUACAACGGCACCAUCUUUGCAUACGGACAAACGUCCUCAGGCAAAACACACACCAUGGAGGGGAAGCUCCAUGAUCCCAACAGCAUGGGCAUUAUUCCAAGGAUCGCUGAUGACAUCUUCAACCAUAUCUUUGCCAUGGAUGAAAACUUGGAGUUUCAUAUCAAAGUUUCUUACUUUGAAAUCUACAUGGAUAAAAUUCGAGACCUGCUUGACGUGAGUAAGACCAAUCUGUCAGUGCAUGAAGAUAAGAACAGAGUGCCAUAUGUUAAGGGCUGUACGGAACGUUUUGUCUCCAGUCCAGAGGAAGUGAUGGAUGUGAUUGAUGAAGGGAAAUCCAACCGCCAUGUGGCAGUUACCAAUAUGAAUGAACACAGCUCCAGGAGUCACAGCAUCUUCCUUAUCAAUAUCAAACAAGAGCAUGUGGAGACUGAGCAGAAACUAAGUGGCAAACUGUACUUAGUAGACUUAGCGGGGAGCGAGAAGGUGAGUAAGACAGGUGCAGAGGGCUCUGUCCUAGAUGAGGCCAAAAACAUCAACAAGUCUUUGUCUGCACUGGGCAAUGUCAUAUCAGCUCUGGCUGAGGGAACGAAGACCCAUGUGCCGUACCGGGACAGUAAGAUGACACGGAUCCUGCAGGACUCUUUGGGGGGAAACUGCAGAACUACAAUGUUCAUCUGCUGCUCCCCCUCUUCCUUCAAUGAGGCAGAGACCAAAUCUACACUCAUGUUUGGACAACGAGCCAAGACCAUCAGAAACACAGCAUCUGUGAAUCUGGAGCUGACCGCAGAGCAGUGGAAGAGGAAAUAUGAGAAGGAGAAGGAGAAGAAUAAGAGUCUGAAGGAGAGCAUCCAGAGACUGGAGGCUGAGCUUAAUCGCUGGCGUAAUGGAGAGGCAGUCCCUGAGGUGGAGCAAGGCGGUGUGUGUGGUGUGGAGUGUGAGCUCAGUGAGGAUGCUGCUUUAGAGGACAACAGCAACAACAGUAGCGCUGCUCCCUCCUCCGCCCUCAGUGCAGCCACAGAGGAGCAGAUACGCCAACUCUACAAACAGCUUGAUGACAAGGAUGAUGAGAUAAACUUACAGAGUCAGCUGGUGGAGAAACUGAAGAAGCAGAUGCUGGAUCAGGAGGAGUUAUUGGCGUCAUCACGUGCGGACAGUGAUCGUGUGCAGUGUGAGCUGGAACGACUGCAGUCUGAGAGCGAGAGCGCUAAGGCAGAAGUUAAGGAGGUCCUGCAGGCUCUGGAGGAACUGGCUCUCAGCUAUGACCAGAAGAGUCAGGAGGUCCAGGACAAGAGUCUGCAGAACAAGCUGCUCACAGAAGAACUUGCCCAGAAAAUGACGGAUCUGAUGUGCUUGGAGACCGAGUUCUUACGGCUGCAGGAAGUGAGCGGUCAGCAGAGGAAACGCUUCACUGAGGUUCUCAACACCCUACUGAAAGACCUGAGUGACUUCAGCUUCAUCCUGGGCUGUAAUGAUAUCAGACUGCCACGCGAUCUCUCAGGUGUGUUAGAGGAGGAGUAUGCCGUGGUGUGUGUGUAUGUGAGUAAGGUGAAGUCAGAGCUGAAGUCAGUAGUGAAACGCUGCAGGCAGCUAGAGAGCAUUCAGACAGACUGCCACCGCAAAAUGGAGGAGACCGGAAGGGAGCUAUCAUCCUGCCACCUUCUGAUAUCACAGCAUGAGGCGAAGAUCCGUUCUCUGACUGAGUAUAUGCAAAACAUGGAGCUGAAGAAGAGGCAGCUGGAGGAGAACUAUGACUGUCUGAGUGAAGAGCUUGCAAGACUGCAUAAUUCAGAGAACCUUCUAGACAACCAGCAAGACACUGAGGAGUCUGGCGACAUGAAGCUGUGGGAAAACCAUCGUGAAUCACAGCACAAACAGCUCGGGCGCCUGCGUGAUGACAUCAACCACAAACAGAAGAUAAUCGAUGAGCUCACAGAUACAAAUCAGCGGCUGGUCUUGGAACUGGAGCAAAUGCAUGCUGAAUAUGCUGGCCUGAAAAGCCGAGAGCAUGAGAAGAGUGUCCAGCUGGAGGAGCUCAAAUAUCUUAAUGAACGACAUGAGCAGGCCAAGCAGGACAUGAAGGGGCUAGAGGAGACUGUUGCUCGUGAGCUUCAGACCUUGCACAACUUGAGGAAGCUUUUUGUUCAAGAUCUCACAACUCGAGUUAAACGAAGUGCAGAAAUGGAGCCUGAUGAUAGUGGGGGGGUUUCCACUCAAAAGCAGAAGAUUUCCUUUCUUGAGAACAACCUUGACCAGCUUACAAAAGUACACAAACAGCUUGUUCGUGAUAAUGCAGAUCUGCGCUGUGAGCUUCCUAAACUGGAAAAGCGUCUUCGCUCUACAGCUGAGCGAGUUCGGGCAUUGGAAGAUGCACUGAAGGAGGCAAAGGAGGGUGCCAUGAAGGACCGGCGCCGCUACCAGCAGGAGGUGGAGCGUAUCAAAGAAGUGAUGAGAGCCAGGAACCCCUUCCGUCGCCCUCACGCUGCACUGAUUGCCAAACCAGUUCGACCAGGCCACUACCCAGUCUGCCCCCCAGUCAAUCACAUGUUUAUGCGCAGCAGUGAUCCCUCCAUCACGUUUAGCAACGCAAUGUUCCAGAGUGCUGCUCCAUCUCUACUUCCACCCACUGUUUCAACCCACAUGAAAACUGACAUAAGUCAUAUUAACAAAACUCCAGAGGGAAGACACAGGACAGCCAAUGCCACAGAGUCUCUGGACUCCACUCACAAGCUCAACAUAGUCAACGGGAAUGCAACAGACAUCAAUGACAACAGCGUGCCUCUCAGUAACAUCUCUGUGUAUAGCAGUGAUGGGCACUGCAAGGACCCAGCUGACCAUCUCCAACAAAAACAGCACAUUAUCCAGCAGGAGCCUGCAGCCAGUUAAUCACAGAGGGCAGGUAACCACAUGGUACACAUGCUACAUUGUGAAUCCUGUUCUGUAUAUGUGCAUGCUGCCUGCGAGAAAUCCUCAGUGACGCCCUCUGCCUAUUAUCUAUUAAACCAUCUCCCAUUACGUCCCCGAAUUCCAUAUAAUGUAAUAUUCAUUCAUUGAGAGAUGCACUGUGGUAAGUUACUGUGUGACACAUUCUGAGGGUACUGUUUCAUCUAAUCCCCUGUUAUGUUUUUUUAAAAUACGACAUGGAAGUGGACUGGGAGGAAAUAUAUAGGUUUGAAGGCAAACCCACAACCAGCAGGGGGCACUGUUUAGUAGCUCAGCUCAGAGCCAGUUUAAGAGGAACCUGCACACUUCCAAUUUCUAUCCCAUCAAAAACAAGACUGAAAAAUACUAAAGUUCUCAGUAAAUGGGAGUGAAUGUGGCUAAAAUGUUAUUAAAAUUUCUAGUCUUUUACAUGGGAACUUUCUUAAAAGGAACAUAUUUUGGAAAAUAGGAGGAUGUAUUACAUGAAAAAAAAUCAAUAAAACAUACUAAUAUCUUUGUUUUUCUACAGCAAAUAGGUUUUUGACUGUAGCACACUAGCAUUAAUGCUUCUGAAUGCUGAUUAGUUAAUAGCCUACUGAUUAAGCUUUUAUUCUGUUUUGAGGACUAUGUAUGUAUGUAUGUAUAUAUGUAUUUAUUUAUUUAUGUAUGUAUUUAUUUAUUUCCUCAAAAGCUCCUUAGGCCUCCAUUCAUUAUAGAACACCGUUGGAGCUCCUGAUCAGCCCAGAUGAGAUAAUCGAGUUGGAGUUCUAGAAAUAACACAGCAUUAGAGGUGAAAUUAAGGAGGCAAACUAGGAUUUAAUGUGUUAUUUGUUAGUUUGUGUUUUGUAUUGUUUCUUUGUUUUCAAUCUAGAGGUAUAUAUAAUAAUAUAUCUGCAAGCCAGCAUUAGUGAUAUAGCUUUGCCCCCAACUGGUCAUCAGAUGUUUCUUUGUUUAGGGAAUAAUACAGUUAGAAAAUUAGCCAGUUACUGAAAAAAUGUCCCCAAAGUAUCCACCCUGAAGAACUUCUAGUCUUUCAGUAUGGACUUCCAGCUUCAAGAUACAUCAUCUGAAUUUAGGUUUUUGGUCUUUAAAGCAGGAAUGCAUGUUUUAAACAGAUGCAAUGGUGGGGAACCCUUUAAAGGUGAAUUCAGAUCUGCUCUCCACUUACACACAGUGCCCCCUGCAGCAUGAUCUCAGUGACUCAUCUCCCAGAUGACAUUUUAAAGAAAUAAAUGAAUCUUUCAUAAAUUGGUGGAAUAAUUAUAAACAACUGAAAAUGGCUAUAGGAGAACUGUCAUGGGUCACUGUAGCAUUUGUAGACAGAACGUUUGUGUAGUGUAUGAGGGAGGCACUUAUAUGUUGUCUUGCUGAAAAGCAAGUGUGUGAGAUUAUAGUGAAAAAAAUGCGUAGCAGCUAUUUUUAUAUGUAGCAUUAAAUAAAUCCAAUGAUUUGUUCAUAUAUUUACAAAUAUUUGAUGUGCAUAAAUUUAUAGGAAUGAUUUAUCUUAUUUAUUCUAUCUAUAUCUAGUAAACUACAAUUCAUAUGAAUAUAGUAGCUGAAUCUUGAGAGGGUGAAUAAAUCAAGAGAUAUAUGUUUGUAAUAGUAAAAUUAAAAGGCAUUUGUGUGAAUAGUGAGUGUGUCAAAUAGUUGGAAGUCAUGUUGUUACUUUUAAUAUACAGCACUGUGCGAAAGUCAGAGACCACCUUUCGUUGACGUAAUUUCCAGUCAAAAUAGGCAUUACGCAAAAAAACAGUUCAAAAACUGUUGAAAUGGAAAAAAAUAUAUGACCAUGAAUUUUCAUUAUAUGUUUCAAAUACAGUGUAAUCCAUGCUGAAAUAUAUUCCAAACGCUAAAAUGCAUUUCACAAUAUAUUGCCAUAUGAACCAAAUAGUUUUAAAAAUACAUUUAUUGUUAUAUGAAUGGGGGAAAUAUCACACAGAAACUUACCAUACAAAAAUAAAUGUUUGUAAGCAUAAUUGUCAGAUACAUUUAAAAAUGUGUGAAAAUAGUCAAAAUACUUGUCUAAUGCACUUCACUGAAAAGGUAUCCACUGCGACCCAUGUGUGUGUGUGUGUGUGUGUGUAUGUGUGUGUGUGUGUGUGUGUGUGUGUGAGAGAGAGAGAGAGAGAGAGAGAGAGAGAGAGGUAGGAAA